AUGCCCAUCUCCAUCUUCAAUAACUUGUCCUCGUUACAACAGCUCGACCUCAGCGAAAACCAGCUCUCAGGAAGAAUACCAAGAGAAAUUCGGAACUUGACAAAGCUCAAUGAGUUGCUUCUUAAUGAUAACAUCUUAUCCCAGGAAAUACCAGAGGAGAUUGGUAAUUAUAAAGAAAUGGAGGAGCUGAAUAUUGAAUCCAAUGAGCUAGAGGGGCCAAUUCCUUUUGUCAUCUUCAACAUGUCUUCACUAAAAACUUUGGGUUUCAGUUCCAAUAAUCUAUCAGGAAGCCUUCCACAUAAAAUUUGUCAAAAUCUUCCUCAUCUGCAAGGUCUACAUAUGUCUUACAAUCAGCUCUCUGGACCCAUUCCAUCAGAAUGGUUUCAAUGUAAAGAGCUGAUUACCAUAUCAUUGUCAUACAAUUACUUCAGUGGGAGGAUACCCGCAGGCAUUGGUAACUUGCCAAAGCUGAGAAAGCUCUAUCUUGGCGACAACAUCUUGAGUGGAGACAUUCCCGUGGAGAUUGGUAACAUUAAAAUACGGGAAGAGAUGGUUUUUGAAGCCAAUGCACUAACAGGGUCAAUUCCUUUAGUCAUAUUCAACAUGUCUUCUUUGAUAACUUUGGGUUUAUAUGGUAAUAAAUUAUCAGGUAGUCUUCCAGACAAUAUAUGUGAUAAUCUUCCUGCCUUAAAAAUACUAUCUUUGGCUCAUAAUCAGCUUGCUGGACCAAUUCCAUCACAAUGGUUGCAAUGCAAAGAGCUUCAGUUUUUGUAUUUCAACUUAAAUCAUUUUGCUUGUAGCAUACCUGCAAGUAUUGGAAAUUUGACAAAGUUGAAGGUGCUCGAUCUUGCUGACAACAACUUGAAAGACUUUCCAAAGGAGAUUGGUAAUUUAAUAGAGCUUGAGGAGUUGUGGGUAGAAACAAAUGCGCUCAAAGGGCCAUUGCCUUUAUUCAUCUUCAACCUGUCUUCUUUGCGAACUUUGGAUUUCUCUAAAAAUAGACUAUCAGGUAGUCUACCGGAUAAUAUAUGUCAUAAUCUUCCUAAUCUACAAUAUAUGCGAUUGUUUCAGAAUCAGCUUGCUGGUUCCAUUCCAUCACAAUGGUUUCAAUGUAAACAUCUUCAAACUUUGUUAUUAUCAUACAAAAAUUUUACUGGGGGAAUUCCUACAAGAAUUGGAAACUUGACAAACUUGAAGAAGCUGGAUCUUGGGUACAACAACUUGACAGGUAUCAUACCAAAAGAGAUUAGUCAUCUAUCUAAUUUGGAGACAUUGGUGUUGCAAGUUAACAAUCUCAACGGUCAAAUCCCAUUUGAAAUCUUUAACAUCUCUACCAUAAAGGAAGUUGGGUUGACAGAAAAUCAAUUAUUUGGUCAUUUUCCAUCAACCACAAAUUUCCCACUUCAAAACCUUGAGGAACUUGUUAUAGGAUUGAAUAGUUUCAGUGGGUCAAUACUCAGUUUUAUCUCCAAUGCUUCUCAACUUGAGAGACUUGAUGUGGGACACAAUUCAUUUUCUGGCUCUCUGACUCAUACUAUUGCUAACUGCAAAGACUUGAAAAGAUUGGCGUUAACAAAUAACCGGUUGGAUUCAGUGCUUCCAAACUCCAUUGGAAAUAUCACUUCUCUCCAAUAUUUUACAAUAAGUAAUUGCGUAAUGAGAGGCAACAUUCCAAGAUAUUUUGGAAACUUAACUAGCUUAACAACCCUAAGCUUAGAUUACAAUGAAUUCAGUGGAUCAAUCCCACCUUCUAUUGGAAGAUUGCAUAAGCUCCAAGGUUUAUAUCUUAAUGACAAUAAGUUACGAGGACUUAUCCCUUCUGAAAUUUGUCAAUUAGAUAGCUUGGUGGAAUUAAUUUUGGCUAAUAAUAUGUUUUUUGGGCAUAUUCCUGCAUGUUUGGGAAAUCUUAAAUCUCCAAGAAGUCUCUCACUCAACUCCAAUGAGUUGAAUUCCACAAUACCAACCUCACUUUGGAGCCUUGAAUACAUUUUGGAACUUAACAUGUCAUCCAAUUCUCUUGUUGGAUCUUUACCUCUUGGUAUUGGAAGCUUGAAGGUCUUGCUGGAAUUAGAUUUAUCAAAGAACAAGUUAUCCGGUAAUAUCCCUGACAACAUUGGAGGUCUUAAAUCUUUGGUCAAUCUUUCCUUGGCAAGAAAUAGAUUUGAAGGUCCUAUUCCUACAUCACUUGGCACUUUGAUAAGUGUAGAAGUCUUAGAUUUAUCAAGAAACAACCUAUCUGGAACAAUUCCCAAAUCACUAGAGACACUGUUGAGAUUAGAUUACUUCAAUGUAUCUUUCAAUCAGUUACAAGAAGAAAUACCAACUGCAGGAGCUUUUACAAAUUUUUCAAGUUUGUCAUUUCUACAGAACAAUGCUCUUUGUGGUGAACCUCGAUUAGAAGUCCCACCAUGCAAAACUAGUGGGGAAACUCGAAGUGCUUGGAAGUAUAUUGUUGCAGGGUUGGCAUCAGCAAUAUUUAUAUCGUUGCUCUUAUAUUUGUUUAUGAGACACAAAAAUAUUGACAAUGCAAGUGAGACUGACUUGUUUUCUGUCGCAGAAUUGAGAAAAAUUUCAUACAGAGAACUUAUUCAGGCAACGGAUGGAUUCAGUGAAACAAACUUACUUGGUUCAGGGAGUUUUGGCUCUGUAUAUCUGGGAAAACUCAAUGAUGGAAUGAAUAUUGCAAUAUAA